UGCAACAGCAACAGUGCACAGGUGGGAGAGCAGGAGCAUGCGCCGUGAAUGUGACAGCGACAUUGACAGCAACAAUGCCUGUGAUGAGUGCGAGUUAUGCUCUGGCAGCAACAACAACAAAAACAAAAACAACAGCAAGAAGCAGCAUAGUAGCAGAAACAGAAAUGUCAGUGAGAGCAACAACAAACUCAGCACAGUACUCGCUCAACACUGACCAGCAGAAGAACACAGUCGUCAAAAGCUUACAAGAUGUCCGUAAUGAUGAUGAUGAUGACGAUGAUAAUGAUUACAGUACCAGUACCAGUAUACAGCAAAGCGACACAGACGAUUUGGUGGGAGCGGUAAAGGACGUGACGAAAUCAACUUCGUCAUCGAUCGAAACGAACGAACAACCGUACUCAACUCAGCGAGUAACGACAAUACAUUGCACGAAGGACUACGACACUGGUGCGUGUGUGGCGCCAAACAGCGAGUUACUCCCCAUUAGCGAAACGUCGAACCAAACAUUCCAACAGGCUGAGGACGUGACAGCGGUAAGGAGUUACGAAGUGAAAUCCUUAACACAACAACAAACCAUAGGAGAAAACACGUCGAGAGACAGACCGAGUAGCAGCUAUAGUGAAUGCAGCGCAAGCAGCAUAAGCGUGGUGAAUGUGAAAGCACAACACAGUGUAGCCAAGUUCGACGACGAGGACAACGACAUACGAGUACGACGUGUGGCUGGAGCAGCAGCAGCUGAAAAGGCUGAAGCAGCUGAGAAAGAAAAUUUACUUAACUCACGAAGAAAAAAUUGGAAAAUUGAAAAAUUGCAAGCUACUGACAAGAAGAAAGUGUAUGUUUUAGUGUAUAACGGUAAGGGAGGUGUUUGUGCAAAUCGUGAAUAUAUUGAGUGUGUUGAAAAUUUGGAAAAGUUUGUGCAACUCAGUGCUGAUGAUAAGAAGUAUUUAUAUAAUUUAAAUGAUACGCCUGAGUUGAAGUGUAUCCGUGAAGAGGCAAAUUCAUUGGCUGACCAAUCUGAGACCGAGAGCGUAGACGUUGGAUGUGGCGUCAGAGACGUAGACGACGACGACGGCAAAGACAACGAGAAAGAGGAGGAGGGUGAACAGAACGGAGCGACUAAUGACGGUACCAGCAGCCACUGCAGUCGUAGACGUUUCCCUACUUGUGUAGAUACCACAAAGGCCAUUCAUGAAAACAUUGAAAAAGUUGAAGACAACAAAUUCAACGAUAAUUACGCUGAAAAGCAUAUUGGCAGCGGGACUGCAUUAAAGGCAAAUGAAAAGUUUAAAGUCGCCAAAAAUUGCAAUUUCAUUGAAGAAACAGCUGAGAUAGACGAAGAAAACGGAGAGUGGAGCAGGAGUUGUGCUUCCACCGACUGGUUAUUUGAGGCUGGAAAAUUAUUUUCAAACGAAUUAUCUACACCCGCUGUGAAUAACACAACAACAAAGCAGCAGCAGCAGCAACAACAAAAAGAGCAACAGCAACAAAUCGAGAAAGAAAUCAGUAAAGAAAGUGUAGUGAAUUGUGGUGAAAAGAAGGUUGAAAUUAAAGCUAACGAAGCGGACAACAAAGCGAAUGUAGAAGAAAUCGAAAAAUGGCCGAAAGUGAGUGCUGCAAAGCAUAGCAGAAAUCAAUCUAAACAAAUAUUAUGCCAGCAAUUUGCUGACAAAGGACUUACGCUUACAAACCGCAGACAAUCCGAAAAAGAAGAAGAAGAAGAAAAAGAAGAGGAGCAAGACUUCGACGAGGUAUUAGCAGAGCAUCCCCACACAGCCAGUGUUGCAGACGGUGCAAACAUUGGAUUAGGCACUUACUUCGAUUCAACGAAUACGCAACGAGCGCAACGAAUACAUAAUUCGCAACAGAAAUUUAAUAUUAUCAUUGCGAGUAGCAGCGACGACCGCGAACGCGAACGCGAGCACGAACACGACGACGACGACGACGACGACGACGGCGGCAGUCAACGCCAUCAACAAAAGCUCCCAUUGCUACGGCCUGUAAGCGAGGCGGCCAAUGUUGCGCUCAUUCAACAAAAUAACAGUGUAAACAACAACAACAACAACGAAUUAUUAGUAUAUAAAGUGAAUGAAGAAAAUGUCUAUGCCUCACGGAGGUGGGGUAUAACAGACGACGAAACCUUAACGAGGAUACAGCUUACUGGCGUGUUAGAGCAUCAGACAGAGAGGCCGGAGUGCGACGUACAAACACAAUACGAAGCACAAAACGACGAAAGAAAGCAAGCAGCGCUACAACAACUGCGCGAACAAAAGCAGAAACACCAGCAGACGUCGCGCAUACAGCAGACGAAGGGCCAAGAGAACUUGUCUAAAGCACCACAGCAGUUGGUGAGGGGUCAAACAAGUGUAGCAGCUUGCAAGCUUAGCUGUGAAGUUAUUAAUGAAAGCGAGACGCGCGACACGCCAAACAACCCUGCCACACACUGCAACACCGUAAUUAGCAGCCCAAUUGGGGCAGUUGUGCUGGAGGAACUCCUACAAGCGACGACGCGCUACAACAGAAAAGUAGAAAAUUCAGAAAAAUCAAAAGAAACAAGCCUCCAAAGCGACGGCGUGCAAGAAGAAGAAGCGAAGAAACUCAUAGAACGGUGUAAAGAAAAUGCAAACGAAGCGAAAAAAUGCAGUGAAAGAAUUUUGAAGUGUGCAAUUUUCGUUGAAAGUGGACGCAAAACUAACGGUACACAAGAAAGUGCAAGUGCCAACAGCAACAGCAACAACAACAACGCACAACAAACGUCAACGGCGGCGGCACAAGUGUCUGCCCAUGUGCCCGUAGAGCCCAACACAGCGGAUGUAGAAGUGUUUAAAGAGGCGAGAACGAUCAACACGCACUCAGCAAACGACGCUAAUCUGCCACUAAGUGAAAGUACGCCACACAAAGUGCGGUUAGGGUGCACUGACAAUUUAGUUCAAGUUGCUGCAACACAAAAAACUAUCGACGAGGCGAGGGGUGAAACUAAAGUUACGAGCUUAUACUUCGAGCACACUACACGAAGCGCAGAACAAAAGCCGUGUGAGGAACAGAAGGAUAAAGCGAUAUUUAGGCUAGACGUAAAGGAAAAGUAUGGGGAGCCUCUUGCUACUGUAAAGACACAGCUUCAGCUACAGCCCCAAACACAGGAGCAGUCACACAAUGCGAACUUGAGUGAGGUAGUUAAAGUACUUGUGCCUACACAAAAUACCAAAGCCGAUGUAAGGAUACACGACGUCGCUGAUAAAGCGCCACAACACGUCGUACCAGAAAUAAAAACCAGGGGAACGCGUGCACACCGCACAACCUCCAACCCCAAAAGUGAUAACAGCUACGAUGAGUUCGCAGCUAGUCAACGUUUGCAACGCUUACAACAACAUUUUCGUGGAUUGAUAUGCGUGACACGUAAUCAUUUAAAAACAGAAGAAGAAGAAGAAGAAGAAGAAAAAGAAAAGGAGGAGGAAAGAGAGCACGUAAACGAAGCAGAGCAACAUGCCAAUGAACAAGUGAGCAGAGGUGAGGAAGAGUGGAAAUUACAAAAAAUCGCUGACGAGGAACACAACGUGAAGCAGGCGCUAGCGGAGGACGCAAGCGACGUGCCCCGCACCAAACAACAAACUCACAAGAUAGAGACGGUGGAAGCCUUGAAACUUUACAUUGAAGGCGAACCAAUUGAAGGUAAGCGCAACAACAACUGCAACUCGUUGAGGAAAGCGGCGCCAGCAAGAGCGCAGCAAGUGUGCAGCGUCAAUGCUAGACCGACUGCGGCGUCAAUAACGAAGGAUAUUCUACUAAGUAAGGAUAAUAGAAACGGUGAAGUGCACAAAGCCCACGCUACCAAGGAAAUUGUACCGUGUGGUGUACCAAACGCUGCCGAAAGCGCAGUGAGAACAGCAAAAAUCAUAACAACAACACUUGCGGUUGGACAAAUCACAGGGGGCGCGACAAGGUGGGUUUCGACGACGAGCGGAGGUGUUGAAAACAAACGCUUAGGGUCGCCAAAAAUAGCUUCGACAGAACGCCAGCAAGUGGCGGGCAUUGAAAAUCCAAGUGUCAAUCAAUUAACAACAGCAACUCGUUGUGACGAUGGUGUUAACUUAGCAGACAACAACAAUAACGAAGAGCUUAAGCAUAGUUGUAAUCAACAAACUAAUAAUACAGAGGAAAUUAACGACGCUUUUACACCUUACAGCUGGCCUAGCAACGAGUGCGCAACUGCUGUCACACAAGCGACGAGCGCCACAAUCAGCGACUGUAGAAAAAGUAACGAGCAAGAGGCGAGAAUAGCACUCGGGGAGACAGCAGGCGACGCAGCACAGCAGGCAGCCGAAUUCGCUGGUAAACAACGAGCGCUAGCCGCACACUCGCUGCUAACAACUAGUGGCAGUGACAGUGAUAAACUAACGGUACACAAUACAAAUCUAGCUGAGGUAAAAAUAGCAGCAGUUGGCCAACGAAAGGCAGCAGAGAAGAAGCACACCGAGCAAAUAGUUAAUAAAGCCGAGCCGCAGCAACAGGGGGAGACAGAGACGGUGAAGGAGAAGAGCAUUGCGGUGUGUAGUGAAAUUACAACCACCCCAACGAAUGUGACGAAUGGGACGAAUGCCAGCAGUGAAUUCGAAAUAAACAAUAACAAAAAACGCGUGGAAAUAUUUCCACACGCGACUGCGAGCCAUAAACAAAGUGCUCGUACAGAUGCGAGGCAUAGCGGCGAGACACGCACGUCAACGGCGCUACUGACCAACGCAACUGCAUGUGCAACGGAGAGUGCUGAAAUAAAUGUCAUUAUAAAAACAACAACAAAUAAUAAUUUGAAAACAUUACCGUGCAAUUCGACGGCUUUCCAUCCAACGCAAACCACAGCGGAGACAGAGGCAGAGGAGCCGUAUCAACGCGAACCGGCGGAGGAUUUAGUUGAGUCAGGUGUAGAAGUAACAGCUGCAGUUUCACCACCAUCAACACCCUCACCGCCACCGCGUCCGCCACCACCUAAAGCGGCUUUGGGCUUUGGGGAACGCCUAAGUGCAUUCGUUGCCACUAAACCCGCAUCAGCAGGACCGUUUCUUUACUACAGCAACAACAGCGUGGAACAAACAGCCUGCAACGUUUAUAACCAUUUCGAUUACUACUCAACACCCCAACCCAUCGACAACAACGACAGCACAGUCAGCACCUAUCAGCCCAUAUACGCUUUUUAUCCACUCUUGGGCCAUUCAUCAUCCGAGUUUGAUGCGCGUCGCUUGAGUGAUAUCAUCGGUGGCGUUGCUUACGUAGACCCGUCAAAAACAACAGCAGCAACAAGUACAAAGCCAUUGUCCGUUGGCGUGGACACAAAUCAAAAUUUCUGUUUCGUGCACAACACAAAGAAGUGUGAAAUCAAUCGAAUCGGUGACGGAGGCUCAGGCCGUGGCAGAAGCUUUGACAUACCGCCACCACCAAUCGCUGUGAACGCAUUUGCGAAUACCGCCGCUUACAUAUGUUACGACGAAUUAUUCGACGAAGUCUCGUCAAUCGGUAUUGACGCGGUUGAUGGUGUCCAAGCGAGUGCCGUUGCCGAUGUGAAUGCGGUCGAUGAUACAAAUUCGAUUUGUGAUUGUGUGGAUUGUGUUGUGGAAGUAAAUGAAAAUCAAUUGUUAGACAACAACAACAGAAACAACAGCAAUUAUAAAUUUGAAAAAAGUGUAAAGAAUAUUUUGUUAGUGAAGAGUGAAAGCAAUUACGCAGCUCAUUUAAAGCCGAGCGUAUCGUGCGCGUCCGACGUGGUGACUGACGUGAGCGAACGACCCGAAAAAUCGUGUGUCACCGAAACAACAACAACAACAUACUGUUUACCAAAUACAAUAAGCCAAAGUGCAGUUAAGCAUAACCUAACAAAACAAACCAAAAAUCAACAAAACCAAAGCAACAACCAAAGAAAAUACCAAAGUUUAAACGUCACCACCGCCGCUGUCGCCGCCUCCGCCGCCGCCGCCGCUGUAACAGCUGUCAAAAUGCGUGAAGUUAACGGUCAGUUGCGCGGUCUGCUCAAAAAACCGAAUCGUCCGCCGCCGGCGCGUAAGAAUCGUGUAGUCUUCGAUGAGACACGCAAUGAAUUCUUCGAGGCGGAUUAUAUUAUUUUGAUACGUGAGGAUUGUGCUUACGAUGAGGAGGACGAGGAGCCCUGCACAUGCGGCGAACACGAAUUGGUGCGUUUGUGCUGUGAGGAGGGCUGCCAGUGUAAUUACUCGGCCGUGGGUGCGACGGUUGGUGUGGGAGGUGCUGGCACUGGAGGUGUUGAUGAUACGCGCACGCCGCAGAGUCCCAAAUAUGCACCACCCAUUGAGUUCGUUGACGAGGCCGCACUAAGUCCUCCCGACGGCUACAAGGACAAUGGCUUGAAGAACUCACUCGGCGGCGCGUUAAGCGGUCACAUCUUCGGUGCCCAACACAUUCAACAGUUGCAGGUUAUACAAAGAUUGCAGCAACAACGUGCCGCCAUGCUGGCUGCACGAAAUAAUAAUCAAAUUUCGCCGCCGCCACCACCGGUGGGUAGUGCUGCGCUCAGUCAACAUCAUCAGCAUCAACAACAGCAACAACAGCAGCAGCAGCAGGUAGCGCAGCAAGCACAACAACAUCACCAGCAAAUGCAACACCAUCAGCAGCAACAACAACAGCAACAACCACAACAACAGCAACACUCACCCGAUGACGAUUCGCUUGGCGUUUGCACCGAGUGCGCCGAAUGCGCCGAGUGUGCGGCCAAACAGCUGCAGGAUUCAGAAUGCACUUCACCACAAUGCCAAGAGGAGCUCACACCACUCGGCGUGUCGGCCGUUGCACUGUUGCCAUUACACACCAGUUCACCCGAACGUCGCAUCACACAGAAAGAAAUCAUCGCCGGCGAAGAGCGUCCCAAAUACGUUCUACAAUCGCAGUAUAAGCCAUCGCCAGUCAAAGAUAGAAAGGAUAAUCGUUUGAAUGCCAAGAAGAAUAAACGUUUUGUUGUUGAAACUAUUACCACUAUGACCACAGUAACGGAACGCCGGAUUGUGCGCGAGGCCAGCGAGGAUGUAACGGUAACCGGUGCUGAUAUGUUGCCGCCACCAACGUUGCCGGCUAAGCCAGGCGCCGCCAUUGUGGGUGUCAAUGCCGCUACACCACAACAACAACAACAACAACAACAGCAGCAGCAGCAGCAACAAACCACUGGCGGUGGUGGUGUUAGCAGUGUUGAGGAUUACGAUGAGGAGAAACCACCACCCAUACCGCCAAAGGAGUCGUCACCAACACAAAUCAGCGGCAUUUUGAAGGGUGGCAAAUUGUGGAAGCAGGACUCAAUGUCGCAGUCCGACGAUCAAAAUAAUACAACAUCGGAAGACGAGGGCGGCACAACAAAACGUUCGGUUCGCUUUGUCACUGAAGAUUUGGCCGUUGAUGGCGAGGGUCAGACAACUGGCGACGCUGCCGAAGGGGAGAAUCAAAUAAACGAACUCAUCCCAAUCAAGAAACAUUCCACAUUAUUCAAUAACGCAUUACGUCCCAAUUCCGCCGUACGCCAGUUGUUCCCAAGCGUCGCUCACCAAACACCGGUGCUGACCUCGGAAGCAUUACGAGCAUUUGACGAGUCAAAGCGUGCUGGUUGUUUGGUGCCAAAUCUACCCGGUUGUGGUGAUACGGAUACCAUAAGACGCAGCAUUGAACGGAAUAUAUUGCGUAGAUCGUUGAUCAAGAAAAAAGCUGUCAAGUCCGAUAUAUCGUUGGAAGAACGUAUCAAGCAGCUGACUUGUGACAUUGAUGAGACAAAUGAAGACAGCGCCGCUGAGAAUGGCGAUGAGGAGAGUUCAAAAUUAGCUGCGGAGGCCAAUUGUGAAUUGACCCAUCGUGGCAGUCCAAUGGGCGAGGAGAAUCCGCAGAAGUUUGCUAAUGGCAAUAGCGAUAAGAGUUUCUCGCCCAGUUCAUCUGUUUCGAGCUCGUCGAGCGGUUCAUCGGCUUACAAGAAGAUCUCCGAUAUAUUUAAUCGUGACAAAAAGCAAGAUAAAAUACUGGAAAUGGAAGAGAAUCCAAUAGUCAUAAUACCUCAGGAAUGCCGCUGCCCAGCCGCACCCGAUCUCGGCAUGGGCAUACAAGUGCCCGUCGUACAUACCCAAAUCCAUCGCACACCACCACGUCAAGUGGAGCCGAAACGUCAAUUCCUCUCCACCCUGGCGCCGUUGACCGCUUGCGUGGCCGGCAACAAAGAUGACUUAUCCUCCUAUUACACCCUAGCUGCUGCCCAUCAUAGCGGUCAUGUGGCUAAUAAUGCACAAUUCGCUGAGUUCAAUUUGGGCGGGGCUAAUUUAUGUGAACAGCCCGGUGUGAUACAAGCUGGUGGCGGUGUCGGCGGUGGUGGUGUGGGUGCUGGUGCUGAUGAGGUGCGCAAAGUGGCACCCGAUGUCAUCGCCGGCACACCCGGUCAAGAGCAGCAAGAUGAGUUGGCUGCAUUUGCACAGCAGGAGGCAAAUCGCACCGAAAAGAUUAAGAAGCGCUACACCAACGAGAACUCCAACAAUAGCUCUGAUGAUGAUGAGCAAAAUGACUAUGGCUUUAAUAAGCGCCCAUCGGUGCGCGGUAUCAAACCGAAAUUCAGUUCGACCAAUGAGAUUUUACAGCAAAUGCAGGAGCAAUUGAACCAGCAGAUGCCCAGUGUGGCCGUGGGACAGGUGAGUGAGCCCAUUAACCAGGCCAUCAAGAGCUAUACUCUGCCCAAACAAGCCUCUACGAGUUCCAUGACCAAACAGAUCUCACAAAAUCCAUCCCCACAAAAUGUGCCACAUCCUGUUAAUGUUGUACAACAACAACAGCAGCAGCAAAAUCAACAUCAGCAACAACAAGCACAGCAGCCACAACCACCAUCUCAGGUAAUGGUCGGUCAACCGCAGCAACAACAACUGCAGCAGCAGCAGCAGCAGCAACAGCCCGGCCAACAGGCAGUACAAGUGCAAUCCAAUACAAUCGCUCAACAGCAAACCGAACAACGCACCUGGAGUUUCUACACUGAAGGAGGAGUUGCCGAUCAACAACAACAACAACAACAGCAACGCCUACCCAUCGAAGGAGCCGGCAUGCAGCAGGCCUACUAUCAAACGCUACCAGGUGGCGCAAUGUUCCGGCAAACGAUUAUGCAGCAACAACAACAAGCCCAGGACGAAACGGCGAUGAUGUAUGCUGCGCAAAAUUGUCAAAGUGUCACCGCAAUUGAGCAACAACACUACGGUCAUUAUGCACGCAGUCCGACCAGACGACCCGAAUCACCGCCACCGUUGCGUAAUUACCACCAAACAAUGGUAUUGAUACCGUACAAUGCACAGACCUACUCACAGUUCGCUGCUGCCGCCGCCGCCACCAAUAUGGAUCCGAAAGUGGCGCAUAUACAACGUCAAAAUAUAUUGGAGUACCAACAGGUGACACAGCAGACCAUACGUGUCCCCAUCGGCUAUGCGCUGCCCGGUAUGCAGCUACACGUAAUGGCUGGACGUGGACAUGCCGCACAUUAUGCAGCACAGCACGUUCAGCAAGCUGUCGGUGUUGAGGCUGCUGCGUCCCAUCCACAUCAGCAUCCCCAUCCGCCGCAUCCGCGCAUCAUGGCUCAGCGCUAUCAGUUCGCACAGGAGGGUAAUAUACCGGGUUUUAGUGAGCGUGGUGUGCCGGAGGGUGCGGCUGCGGUUACGCACACUCAUUGCCACAGCAUGGUGUCGCCAACCGCUAGUCAGGCUACCACUGUGCAACAACAAAUGCAACAACAAUUACAGCAACAACAACAACUGCAACAGCAGCAACAACAACAACAAAUGCAACAACAGCAACAGCAACAGCAACAACCAGCACCACCGAAUGCCGGACCGCAGCAAACUGCCGCUGCCGCUGCCGCCGCCGCCGCCGCUACCGCUCAAGGCUCCGUCUAUUACGCAAUGAAUGUAUGACCCGCGGCCGAUUAGUCGGCGCCAACGGCGGCGGUCAUUGUGGAGCGCCGUCAGUGUCAACGCGUCGAAAUGUCAUCGGUACAGCUGAGCACACGGUAAACUGCAAUGUGGCCAUGAAGAGUGAUUAGUUUAAGGUAAAUAAUUCCAGUUGAGUUUAGUUCAAAGGUUAUUCAGGUGGCUGGUAGAGGGAUUGCUGGAGCUCAAGCAAUUCUAUAUGUAUUGUAUGUACAUACGUGUAUGUAUGUACGGAUGGUGGAAAUCUUUUUAUUGAGAUUGCAUGCAUACACUCGCAUGCAAAAACAACUGCAACGAGAGAUAUAUACAUAUAUAUGUAUGUAUGUAUUUAGAAAUAUUAGUCAUAGC